AUGUCUGAAAGUUCACCAGACGACUCAAACCCUAAACGUAAAGAUUUUAUUUGCGGUGUAGUCGAAGGCUUUUACGGCCGACCGUGGACCACCGAACAAAGAAAAGACUUAUUUCAAAAGUUAAAGAAAUGGGGAAUGGAUAUUUAUGUUUAUGCACCAAAAGAUGACUACAAGCAUAGAGCUUACUGGCGUGAAUUGUAUACAGUAGAAGAGGCAGAGCAUCUUACAUCUCUGAUAGCUGCUGCCAAGUUGCAAGGCAUCACUUUCUGUUAUGCACUCUCUCCGGGCCUUGAUAUUACUUACAGCAGUCAAAAGGAGAUUACAAUUUUGAAGAGAAAGCUAGAACAGGUGUCCCAAUUUGGAUGCACCUGUUUUGCACUACUGUUUGAUGACAUUGAACCAGAGAUGAGUGAGGCAGACAAACAGAUCUUCCAGAGUUUUGCACAUGCGCAAGUAUCCAUAACUAAUGAAAUCCAUCAACAUCUGGGAUGCCCACGUUUCCUGCUGUGCCCAACUCAGUAUUGUUCUACUAGGGCUGUACCAACCGUCAAUAGUUCUGAGUAUCUUAUAACCCUUGGCAGUAAGCUAUCACAGCAGAUUGACAUUAUGUGGACAGGUCCUAAAGUUAUAUCGAAGACAUUGACAACAGAAUGUAUAGAAGAAAUCACUCAGGUACUUAGACGACCACCAGUCAUCUGGGACAAUUUGCAUGCGAAUGAUUAUGACCAGAAAAGGAUCUUUUUAGGGCCUUAUUGCGGGCGAUCGCCGGAAUUGAUUCCGCUGCUUCGAGGUGUGCUGACCAACCCCAACUGCGAAUACAACGCGAAUAUGAUCCCGAUAUGGACUCUGGCUCAUUGGGCGAGCUGCAGUCUCGACGCGCCUACGCACAUGGAAGCUGUAUCCUGGGAUAUCAAAUUGGAACGCGAGGGGGAACAAGGCGUCUGUGAAGACGAGGUCCCGCUCACUCUCGGCAAGCAUGUGUACCACCAUCGUCAGGCCUUAAGACAAGCAAUAAAUGAAUGGCUCCCGGAGUUCUCUAUACCAAAGACAGCACAAGGACCUGUUAUAAAACCGCAGCCACCCGUUACAGUGAGUGUUUCAGUGCCGCCGGUGCCGAUCGUGCCGAUCCUGCCGUCGGUGAACACGUGCAUGUCGCUGAUGACGGCCACCAGCAACACGCCCACCACCAGCACGGCGGACAUGUGCGGCGGCACCAUCGCGCCCGUGCCCAGCAUCCCCACCAUCAACACCAGCCAGCUGCAGGCGCUGGCAGACGUCUGCUCCGCCUCGCCCGACCGCCCCAUCAUCUCCGCCGGGGUCUCACCAGCGGAAAAUUACAAUCCAGUAUCAAAUCCUGUUAUGAAUUCACUGGUUUCACCGACUAAAGUGAUAUUAAAUGAGUCCAUACCAAAUCCAAUCAUUCCAAUCGCCAGCUCCAACAUGUCUUUACCAUCAGAGAUACCAGUUUCCACACUACCAGUGCCAAUUCUCGGCCUCAAAGCAAUAGAAGGCAACAGCGAGAAGAUGGCAGAUCAGAAUAUGAUUGAGAAGAUUGGAGAUGGAAACGAGACCGUAUCAAACGAUAGUGUGUUAGAAAGUACGAGCUUCAUAGAAGAAAUGAAGAAGAAUAAAGAAGCAGAACAUGAUACUGAUCCAAUAAUUGUAGAUGAUGUAGAACCGCCAGUGGAAGUACUUAGGAAUGGAGAAAUGAGUGUUGGAGAUACUCCCCAAACACUAAGUCCAAGUCGGCCGUCCAUUCCUGAAGUGGGCAUCGAGCCUUUGGACGUGGAUCCACCGUCGACAACCGCCACCGAUUCUGACGUCGUCAUGAAUGACGGUCUCAGUGAGAACGGUUCCAUGCUAGUGGAACCAAGCAACAGUCCACUCAGCGGUGAUAUGAUCGUGGAACCAAUUGAACCGACCGACGAUGUCAUAGACGAACCGGCGGUUGAAACGAGUGAGCUGACGACGGACGACCUGAUGUUGCUGUGCGAUUUGUUCUACUUGCCCUUCGAGCACGGCUCGCGUGGCCUGAGGCUUCUUCACGACUUCAACUGGCUCAUCACACAUGCGGCUAGCAUGUUGCCUAAAGGGAACAAAUCUGAGACGGGCGAGUGGCGGCGGCGGCUGCGGCGGUUCGGGUGGUGGGCGGGGCGCGCUCGGAGACUUGCGCGCAGGUUAGGCGGCGCUGCCAACCGCGAGCUGCACGCCGAGCUGCAGCCCUACGUGUGGGAGCUGUGCGCCGUGCUGGCGCUGCUCACCGCCUUCCUGCGCUGGCUUGGUCAGUCCCGCACUUUUUCCUGA